GUGACACACAAAACAAAAAAGUUUCAGCCGCUGCGGAAAAGUAACGGUACCUGUGGACUACUCAGGACCACCUCUGUGUUCAGGUGUGUGGAGGGACGAGCGAAGACGGACAAAAUGUCUGAGCUGAGUGACGAAGCCAGUGAAUCAGAGCAACUAGGUGCCAGCCUGUCCCUGUGGCUGGGCGACUCCCUGGUCCGGCCAGAGGAGCUGGAUGUCCCUCUGGACCUCCACACAGCCUGCUCCAUCGGCCAGUACGACGUGGUGGCAGAGUGCAUUAAAAAACGUGAGGUGGACCUGAAUGGCAAAAACAUUGGAGGAUGGACCCCGCUGAUGUAUGCAGCCUACAUCGGCCAUGACAACAUUGCAAAUCUCCUGCUGGAGGCGGGUGUGAAUGUAAAUGCCACCACUGCCAAAGGAUUAACCCCCUUGAUGCUGGCAGCAAGCUGUGGGAAUGAAAGUAUUGCAUACUUUCUGCUUCAGCAAGGCGCCGAGUUGGAGGUCAAGGACUCUCGAGGCUGGACCGCUCUGUUCCACUGCACGAGCACCGGCCACCAGCAGAUGGUCAGGUUCCUGCUGGAUAACAAUGCUGAUGCCAGCGUCAAGGAGCCGGGGUCUGGCUUCACUCCCCUGAUGGAGGCUGCUGCUUCUGGACAUGAAAUCAUUGUUCAGUACCUGCUCGAUCACAAAGUUAAAGUAGAUGACCGCAACGCUAAAGGAGAGACUGCUCGUGCCCUGGCGAUGAUGUACGGCUAUACCAAGAUCGUCAGCCUCAUUGACUCGCGUUCUCCAAGGAUCAAACCAGGACAUUUUGAAGACCUGAGCUCCUCCGAGGACUCGGACAGCGCACCUCCACGGAUAAGGCCAAGCCGAAAUCGAGCUAAAGGGAUUAGCAUCCAUGAUGGGCCCCAGGCCAUCGCCAAGUUCCGAGUAGGAGGCACCAGCAAACCGUGCGAGCCUCCCGCUGCUCCGCCAGGAUACAUGACAUUUCGUGACAUCGGUGAGCAGAGCGAGGGCAUCUGCUACCGUGACGUAACUUCACCCAUCAACGAGCUGGACGGCCAGAGCAACAGCAGCAGAGAUGACAGUCCGUUCUUUGACAACGACAUGCCCACCAUGAGGAGCAGCAGCAGCAGCAGCGAAGGCCUGCCUCACGUGAUCGGCCUCAACUGGGAGGGCUCCGUGGAGAGUAAUGAGGACUCUGAUCAGUGCAAAAAGAGCAGCUCUCGCAGAGUAAACAAGAGCCAUCACUCAAAAAGCAAGAGUCGCCAUGGAAACGACGCAGCUCACUCCAGCAGUACAGGGAACUGUGGGAUGCUCUCUCAUGCUGGUCUUCCACCCUCCUACACUGGGCCAAAGGAUCUGGCGGAGUUCUUGGAACAAAUUGGCUUUUCUAAGUAUCUCCCCGUACUGGAAGAGCAAGACAUUGACCUGCGGAUAUUUCUCACUCUGACUGAAAAUGACCUCAAAGAAAUUGGGAUCACAUUGUUUGGACCCAAGCGUAAGAUGACCUCGGCUAUUGCAAGGUGGCACAGCAGUGCUCGACCACCCAGCGAUGCUCUGGAACAGGCGUAUGCCGACCAGCUGGAGGCGGAGAUGCAGGAGAUGGCCAUUCAGCUACACAAGCGCUGUGAGGAGGUGGAGAGUCUGCAGAGCCAGGUGUCCCAGGAGAAGGAGCUGCGUACUGUGAUGGAGGGAUGUCUGAUGGAGGACAAGAUGGCUUGGAGGAGGGUCCAUGCUGAGCUGGUGGAGAACCACCGGCUAGCUCAGGACAUGAGCGCCAUACUGGCAAAGUCCAGAGCCUGCAGCGCUGAACUGCUCGCCUGUUUCACUACUGAUGGGAACAGCAGCUGUUACACUGGCGUGGAAGAUAAAACAAAAGCUGACAAUGGUGUCAAAGCAGGGGAGGGACUUACACGCUCCACUGCAACCGAACUACUAAAGAAGCUGGACUCCUAUGAAGAAGAACUGGCGGGGACCCUGCAAACUGUGCUCCAGAGUCUGAGGAGACUGAGUGCCCCUGAGAAAGUCUCAGAUAGCUGGGAAAGGCCUUAACCUUUAAAGGUGAGUGCUUAAAACAAUCUCUCAUUGGAUGAACACGUGCUGGAGGAGCUCUACGGCUGCUAAAACAAGAGAAUGACUCUGGUUUCUUCUGUUUGAAGAGGCUUUUUGCCAAUAUUUGACGGAGGGUGAUCUAACCACCCUGAACAAUCUCACUGAAAUGAGAGAAGGUAAGGCCAGCCCUGCCGGACCAGAGCAGCUCGGGGAGAGAAUCAGCUGCUGCUCCUCCGAGAUUGGCUGAUGGACCAGAGCUCGCCAGAUGUGGACAAGGCCAAGGGCGACCGCAGCUACUGCAGGGAAGCGACAAACAAGCAGAAGGGGUACGUGACCCUCACACGCUUGUGCUGGUGUGUACUGGACUCCAGUAGUUUGGCUGUGAAAGUGCACAGAGAGGAGGAGAGACUGAACGCAGAUUAGAGGCUGCAAUACUGUGAAAUGUUUCUAAAAAGCCGUACUCCUUCUAUAUGAAAUGUGGUUUUACGUUCACGUCACAAACUGUAAAGAGGUACAGUUCUUUAAAAAGUAGAACAAGUUAAAGUAGGUAGUUAAAAGACAUUCUGCAGAGUUACACUUUAUUUGAAUGAAAUCUUUGUUAUUUGUAUGCUGGUGUUUAAAAAUAAUGUCCUGCUGAAUGCAUUUUAAGGUGAAAUGUGUGAAACCUGUCAGUUAAUCAUUUGCAGCAACACAUAAUGUCACACCAGAUUUCUCAGUGGUGCAAUGAAAUGGUUUGUGUAUCAUUCAGUGGAUUCACUGUGUGGCUUUCUAAAUGUGAUCCGUCUAACCCGGAAAUGCUCUUUUUAAAAUGUCACAAAGUCUUGGCUGUAUUUGGACCUGAAUUAAAACCUCCUUGCCUGAAAGUUUAUACUUCAGUUCUGUGUAAUUUGUUUCAGGAUUCCUACAGACUCUUAAAAAGUCUCAAAAGCCACUGAAUUUAUUAAUCUAAUAAAGGCCUAGGUUGGAAUUAAAAUGUCUUAAAUCAAUUUGUCAAAAGUCUUAAAAAUGCUUUAAAAAUGGGGUUUUAUUGGGUUGUUUUUCUGACGCUGAAUUGUAAUAUCUUGAAAUAAUUAGUGAUAAACAAGUUUUAAAUAAUCAAAAAACAUUUUUUCAAGGCAAACUAAAUGGAUUCUUUAAAGAAAAUACAUGCUUUCAAUAACUGCUUUUUCAGUGUUUCAAGUAGAUCAUCCAACUUUUCAACGUGACCCAGAAAGUGUAUCUAUUUUAGCAAACAUUUCCUGAUAAUUGUAUUAAAGAUUCCAGAGGUCACUUAGCAGUAAAAUGUAGUCUACAGCCGGCAUUAGACAUACAUGAAUAAAUGUGGCGGAGGAAGCUGUUUCACUUAAGAAAACUAUAUUUUAAUAUCUGUCUGCAUAUCCGAGAUGUGAUCAGGGAACAUUUUCUCUGAGACUUUGUAAUUUGGAAUCCUGUUAAAUGUAACUACUUUUUGAGAAGCGGCUGAAAACUGCUAAAUAAUUCAUGACUGUGCCAAUUUGGGGCGCCGAGAUGAAUUCCCAAUGCAUAAAGUUUGUAUGAAGUUUGUGCUCAGGUAGAUUUGUGCAUCAUGAAUAUUUUACAAUAGCUUUGCCGGUUUUCAGUUUUGUUGAUCAUCUGUCAGGGGUUUCCUUUUUUU